AUGAUGACAACAUUUUCAUUUUUUAGGUGAACUAUCGCUUUAAGAUGAGUAGGUUUGUUAAUUCAAUUGUUUAUUAUUUAAUAGCACAAAUAUUGUCAUUUAAAUAAAAUAUUUAUGCCAAAGCAGAGAUUUAAGAACAUAAUGUGUUUGUGCAAUAAAUACAGUGAUUCAUUUGUUUGGUUUUGCACAGUUACCACAAAAUCUGUUUGGAUUUAAUUUUAGCUUCUAGAAUUGAAAUUAUUAUACAUUAAUUCUCAGUUCAAAUAAAAGGUUUAAUGUCAUACUGAGCAUUAGUCAUUUCAUUUCUGCUGUACAUCGUACCUCAAGUUAAUAAUGUACCCACACGUCUGACUGUUAACAUAACGUUUUGUCUUUAUUUUAUCUGUAAGUGUGUUCUCUCUGACUGGCUCUGAAUGCGUUCCUACAUCUAUCUUUGUUUCAUUUAUCAUUUCAGCUGAAGCCUACACACUCCGAAAUCACUUAACUGGCUUCUUGCGGAGAUAUACUCGUGAUAACUUCUUCCUCCAUUGUCGUCACUCUUAGGAUGGAUUUCAAUGUCAUGCUGCAGAAAAUUCUGAGCUAUAAAUGAUAGACAUGAGGGUGUCAGUUUUGGUUUAUUGUUGUUUUAUUAAUCAGAUUUCUUUUGUAGUUUCAUGCAUCUCCAGUACAAGACAAGCUUUGCGAUUAGGAGUUCUCUGUGUGUCGAGGAAGGGUAGGAUGUGUCCGUGUGUGUGUGUGUGUGUGUGUGUGCCGUUGGCCCGUCCCCUCCUGGUCCUCCUAUAAGAGCACACCGGAGUAAGAACGUCAGUAGCUCUUUAGAGAGACCAAACCUUGAAAAAAAAGACAUGCCAUCAGACGGAAUGCCUAACUGUCAUGCCAGACGCCUUCAGAUGCUUAGAGAAUUUCUAAAGCAGGUGCCCAGCUGGCGAAGUGUGUGUGUCCUCUAUUCCCUGUACUGCGUCCUGAUCCUGCCAGAUGCCGGCGAGGCUGCCAAAGCACGCUGUGGACGAGAACUAGUUGCUGACCUGGAGUUUGUGUGUGGAGACCGUGGCUUUUACAGAGGCAAACCUGGAGCAGCCCGUAGCGGCGGCCCCCGCUCUCGUGGGAAAGGGAUCGUAGAGCAGUGUUGUGUGCGUGGAUGUGACCUCCAGCAUUUGGAGUCGUAUUGUGCCAAACCCAAGAGGCUACGGCGUGACGUCCCUGAAUCUCUGCAGCAGACUCCGGAAGAUCAGUUUUGGCUGGUGUUUCAGCGGCGAUACCAGAAGCAUGCAGAGAUGAACAGAGAUGAGGACGCUGCUUCUCAAAGACUCAGAGAGCGGACGCUUUACCGGUGGAACUCCAGAGAUUCAGUUUUACUAACCAACCAACCCUCCUCAACACUACAGCAACCUUCCACUGAGAGAAUGACAUCAGGACCAACAUUUCUCCCCCACAUCCGAUAGUCCUGGCUCUUUUUGGAUCUGUGUGGACCCUAUGAAUCACCUUCCUUCACU